CGCGCCCAGCUGCCGCCGCCGGCUCGCCGGUGCAGCGGCGAUGCCCCGGAGCCCCAUCCUGGCCACGGCCCCCGGCCCGCCGCGGAAUUAGCCUCGGUGCGCGCCGCCGCUGACCUCGCUUCCGCCGCAGCGAUGGGCAACACGGUGCACAGGACCUUGCCAGAUGCGCCAAAGGGCCGCCAGGGCGAUGCCGCUAGCCCCCUCGCCUUUGUUCCAGCCUGAGGGCGCUGAUGAGCGAGCCUGGGGCGACCUGGGGGGUGACUGGAGCCGGGCUCGCCAGGGCUUCCGACGGUCAGGAGCCGCCCGGGUGCAGUGCCGAGUCGCCGCCAGUGUGCCCAUCGCAGUUGACUCCAGCCCUCCAGCGCGCCUCCUGGCCACCCGGCCGUGCUGUGGCCCCGGCUCCGAGCGGCGCCCGGUCCUGGGCGAGGCGCCGCGUUUCCACGCGCAGGCCAAGGGUAAGAACGUGCGGCUGGACGGCCACUCGCGCCGGGCCACGCGGCGCAACAGCUUCUGCAAUGGCGUCACGUUCACGCAGCGGCCCAUCCGGCUGUAUGAACAGGUGCGGCUGCGCCUGGUGGCCGUGCGCCCCGGCUGGAGCGGCGCACUGCGCUUCGGCUUCACUGCGCACGACCCGUCGCUCAUGAGCGCGCAGGACAUCCCCAAGUACGCCUGCCCCGACUUGGUCACGCGGCCCGGCUACUGGGCCAAGGCGCUGCCUGAGAACCUGGCGCUGCGCGACACGGUGCUGGCCUACUGGGCCGAUCGCCAUGGCCGCGUCUUCUACAGCGUCAACGAUGGCGAGCCGGUGCUCUUCCACUGCGGCGUGGCCGUGGGCGGCCCGCUGUGGGCGCUCAUCGACGUCUAUGGCAUCACAGACGAGGUGCAGCUCCUCGAGAGCGCCUUCGCAGACACGCUGACGCCCGCGCGCCUGGGCCAGGCCCGCUUCAGCGCCUGCCUGCCGCCCAGCAGCCACGACGCGGCCAACUUCGACAACAACGAGCUGGAGAAUAGCCAGGUGGUGGCCAAGCUGGGCCACCUGGCGCUGGGGCGCAGCCCGGGCCCGCCGCCCACCGACGUGGCGGCCGCCGCCAUCCCAUGCGGGCCCCGCGAGCGCCCGCGGCCCGCGUCGUCGCCCGCGCUGCUCGAGGCGGAUCUGCGCUUCCACGCCACGCGCGGGCCCGACGUGAGCCUGUCUGCGGACCGCAAGGUGGCGUGCGCGCCGCGGCCCGACGGCGGCCGCACGCUCGUCUUCUCCGAGCGCCCGCUGCGGCCCGGCGAGAGCCUCUUCGUGGAGGGUGGGCGUCCGGGGCUGGCGCCGCGCGCACUGGCCUUCGGCAUCACGUCGUGUGACCCGGGCGCGCUGCGGCCCGCCGAGCUGCCCGCCGACCCCGACGCGCUGCUGGACCGCAAGGAGUACUGGGUGGUAGCGCGCGCCGGGCCCGUGCCGAGUGGCGGCGACGCGCUCAGCUUCACGCUGCGGCCGGGCGGCGAGGUGCUGCUGGCCGUCAACGGGCGACCACGCGGCCGCCUGCUGUGCGUGGACACCACGCAGGCGCUCUGGGCCUUCUUUGCGGUGCGCGGCGGCCCCGCCGGCCAGCUACGCCUCCUUGGUACACUGCAGUCCAGUCCUGCCACCACGACCCCAUCAGGAUCCUUCAGCGGCUCCCAGGAUGAUAGCGAUUCAGAUAUGACCUUCAGUGUCAACCAGUCCUCCUCGGAGUCAGAGUCAUCCCUGGUGACAGCCCCCAGCUCCCCGCUGAGUCCCCCAGUGUCCCCAGCCUUCUCCCCUCCAGAACCAACAGGCAGCAAGAGUGGUGAGUGCACAGUGUGCUUCGAUGGCGAGGUGGACACAGUCAUCUACGCGUGUGGACACAUGUGCCUGUGUUACAGCUGUGGCCUGCGGCUCAAAAGGCAGGCACGGGCCUGUUGCCCCAUCUGCCGACGGCCCAUCAAGGAUGUCAUCAAGAUCUACAGGCCGUAGCCUGGCCACCAUGUCACCUUUUGGAAGCCCUCCGUGUGGCUAGGCAACACGCUGACCCCCGCCAGGGAGAACAGGGGCAGCAGCCAUCUCCCUUUGGCCUCUCUCCAAUGGUGGGCAGUGGUAGGCAGGCCUGGAGACAAGACCCCGGGGGCUGCGCCCAGGCAAGGUUUGCUCUGGCUCAAACGUGCUUUGCCCCAAAAGGGCUGACCCAAGAGCAAGCUCAGGAACUGCCUAGUGGAUCCCUGGCCGCUUUGGUGACCUUCAGCUGAAAAACAGCGCCCUCUAUCUGUGCAAUGCUUCU